GUUAAUAGUCCGUUAUUUCCAUUAUUUCCUCCGGAGUCUCCCCAGAGAUUCUAUCACCAUGCGAACAAGCGGUCCGCUCUGCCCAUGUGACGAGUGGUCCCAUGGCUCCAGUGCACCCGGGCCGCCUGUCAUAUAAGUAGGUCCGUGGCGGGACGACUGCCCCGCCAUCACGCCCAGAAUGCGCGCCUUUUUCGUGUCCUGUCUCCUGGCUAGCGCUGCCGUCGCGUCUGCACACCGCGUGCAAUUCAUCGCCGCGGCCAACCGCACGUCGCCCAUCUCUCUCAAGGCUUCGCCUGUUUGUGGGAAGCUCUCGGACAAGACGUUCACCGAGGCGAAUACCGGAGUCAAGUUGAAUGCGACAAAAACCGUCAUCUCAUUUGGAGACUCCUGGUCGUCCAACGGCUCCAACGGAACCAUCCCUUUUGCGCCAGUCGUCUUUCCUCCGAACCCUAGCGCGGGCGCUCGCGCCGGGAAUAACUUCCGCGCACGGGCCAGCAACGGGUACACGUGGGUCGAGGAUCUGGCGAACACCGUCGGCGCGAAACUGAUCGACUACUCUGUCGGCGGCGCCGUAACUGAUCUGCAAGCAUGGAAUUCCACAAGGAAAGGAGUCACGUUCACGUCUGAUAAUCUGUUGCGGACGGAUUUCGUGCAUGAGACUGCGCUCUUCCUCAAGCAGGGCCAUUUCCUCGCCGAUCUGAACCCCGACAGCACUCUUUAUACUGUUCAUUUUGGUACGCAUGACAAUGCCCAGUUCUCUGCGCAAGGCGGUGAUUGGGACCUGGCCGCGUCAAGUUUCCUCGAACAAAUCAGCAUCUUGCAAGCAAACGGGGCCAAGAACUUCUUGAUUCUCUGGGUCUACUUCCAAGCCAAUGUCACCACGACAUUCCAAAACACAGUGCAACAGGGCCUGUUCGCGGCUCACCGUCAGAAUGGCACCAACUUCGCAACAGUGAAUCUCUUUAAUCUCUUCAACGCCAUCAACUCGGACCCAAGCGAUUGGGGAUACACCAACUCGACCUGUUUGGCUUCGCAGAAUUUCACGACAUUUGGCUGUGACGACCCAGACAGAUCCAUUUUCUACAUUCCGGGCCAUCCCUCAGCGACGACGCACGAAAUCAUCAACGAGUACACCAUCCAGGCCAUUAAUCAAUGCGUGUAGCAAAAGAAAAGUAGUCAAUACAUACUCCUCACAGCUGAUAAGAUGAGAUUCCGCCAUGAUAAGAUGGGUUGCGAUAAGAUAGAUCGCAAGAGGCUGUGCGCUUGACUGACCUUGACUCGUACACUCUUGAAUGAGCCAAACGUCGAUGGACACUCAGCCAAAUCCUUCUCUCUCCUCAGCAACCAAACCCGAUUCUAAGAAGGGCAAGUCCAAACCAAAGCGAGACAACGUUCAAUCGUCGGAAACAUCGAGCAACGGCCCUCGUUCCGAGAAACUGAGAGGGCUUCCGAAAGAUUCUCCUGAAGUCAGGAUAUCCAAGACCUUGUCCUGGAUCCUUAGGCAUGGUGCAAAAAGCGAAGGACUUGCCAUGAGGCCCGAUGGUUAUAUCAAGGUUACAGAUCUGGUUAGUUUCUCGGAAGGACUCCUGGUGAACUUCACCGACGGCUGCCUAGCUCGCGAACCCCAAGCUCAAGACAUUAGAUCUCGAAAAAAUCCAAGAGAUCGUCAAAGCUGAUUCCAAGCAACGAUACAGUCUCAUACAGGAGGGAGAGUUGUGGUGGAUGAAGGCGAAUCAGGGACAUUCCAUCAAGACUGUGAAGCUUGAAUUGAAACCCAUCCUCUCCGUCGAUGAUAUUCCGUCCCGUAUCGCGGUACACGGGACUACCAAAGCGGCAUGGGAUUCCAUAGCCACGCAAGGGCUCUCUAAAAUGAAGCGCAACCAUAUCCACCUAGCGCAAGGCGUCGCUGGUCAGAACGUCGUCAGCGGAAUGCGGCAAUCCUCGCAAGUGCUCAUCUUCAUUGACGUGCAAAGCGCUCUUAAAGACGGGAUCGCUUUCUUUCUUUCUGAUAAUGGCGUAGUUUUGACAGAAGGAGAUGCUGCUGGGUUCUUGCCGUCAAGGUAUUUUACGACAGUCCAAACGUCACAAGGAGUUGCGCUUCCCGGAUGGGAAGAGCGUUCCCUGGCCGAGAAACUAGGAACAGUCGCGAUAGACUAAAUGUAAACUCGUCUCUGGCAUUGUAUCGUAGCCUUCAUCCGGCUUAGGCUGCUCAACGCGCCUGCCAAAUCAUGUGACCGCGAUCGCGUUCAGCAGAGUCCACCAUGCGAUCUUCUGCUUCCCAUCUCCCUACGCCAUCCAGUGUGUCCCCUGCCCCUGCCGGCCCAGCUCCGGCGUCCACUUUUUUCCCUUCGCCCUUCCGCUUUCAUGAUGACACUCCUCCAGCAAAGCGACAACGCAGAUCCUCCACCCCGCGCGUGUCGAUGUCUGCCACCCCGGACGAAGUGAACCAAGAGCGUGCGGCCUCGACCAUGCGCAUGAUCAACCUGUGGUCGGGUCUGGCCGAAAAGUACUCCCGCCGCAUAGAUGAAGACGACAUUGUCGAUCUUGUCACGGGAGAAGUCGUCAAAGACCGCGGCGUGUUGACCGCUGAGUCGCGGUGGGACUUUGGACGAUUCUACGCUCCUUCUCCGGGUGAGGAGAACACGCCGACGGGUACGGACGAGGAUGAAGACGGAGAGAAGGAGGAGGAUGACGAAGAGGAUGACUUUGACGAGCUGGAUCUGCUGGACCGGAGCCCCCGAAAGCAGCAGACGGAGGAGAUUUCAAUCCGCAAGCUGGCUAUGGAGUUCCCUCUGCUCAAUAGAACGGACCCGGUCACGGACUCCUGGGACUUUGAAGAGUUCAUGAAGGCCGAGAGACAGAGACGCGAGGCAGGUGACGAAGAAGAUGAGGAUGAGGGGGAGGAUGAGGAGGAACGAACUGGCAAUGAUACCCAAGACGAAAAGGACGAUGAAGGCACACUGGAAUCGAAUGGUUCGCCUCCCCCUGCUCCGGCUCGGUCUCCGUCGAGGCGACAAGAGGCCGAGAACUCCGACGACUUCGAGUCCGGGGACGAACUGGAUGCAUUCAGCUCAUUGCCUGCAACACCACGUGCUGGUGUCCCCGUUUAUGAACUCUCUGAAGAUGGUUCGGACCAGGAGACGCCCGAACAAGAAUAUACCCCGCCGACACCCAUUCGUUCCCUGCAAGACAUCAUCCACACCCAGUUGCAAACACCCCCUCUCUCUCAUGCAUCAUCAGUCGGAGAAGAUGGGCUGACUGUCUCCCCUCGAAAAGACACCGCAGUACCGAAGCUUAAAGCUCAGUCCCGCAGACGAUCUCAUGGUCCAACUUUUAUACCUAGCCGCUCAUCGAGUCCUCCUGCGGUUGAAGACAUCUCCAUUUCCCGCGGUCGCAGCCUUCAUAAGGAAGGCCUCGACCGGCCGACACGAGCCAAAAAGUCCAACUUGUACUACACUCUCAAGGAAGCCAGCACAGAAUCGUCGACACCUCCCCAAUCAGUCGAGAGGGCCAAGUCUAACAGAAAAGCCGGUACGCCAUCACCGACAAAGCGGAAAGAACGGUCACCGAAGGACCCGGAGGACGAUUUAGUCUUCCACACGCCUCAUCGGCGUAUUGAUCGCAAAGGCAAGGCAAGGAUGAUUGAGCCCGUCUUUGAACCAGAAGAGGAUACCAGAAGAGCGUCGGACUUGCCCAGCAUCCCGACUACACCACUGAAACAAUACUACGAGUUCCCUCCUCCCAGCACGAAGAAGAGGAAGAGGAGAUCAUCGACGAGCCAGCUGCCUGAACUGAGUAACAGAUUUCCAUCUGUUCUGCACGUUCCAGACCCAAUACGGCGCACAGAUAUCCCACCGCUUUCUUCGCCAGGACCUUCAAAGAGCCGACAUUCACGUUCCAGAGACAGAAUGUCUAGGAAACCCGAAACUGACUCGGAGUCGGAAUCAGGGCCAGAGCCAUCUCACCAAUCGGACUGGCAGCCUUUUUCUGGGCAAGCAUCAUAUAAACCUUUCCCGGGCGGAAAUGAUGGUCGCCCGGUUACACCAUUGCAUGAUCCUCGGGCUCAACUCAUCAUCUCGCAAGCGAUGCAACAGGCAAUCCACCAGCUCUCGUCCUUGUAUUCGGGCGCCUGGGCUGCUCCGCUGACCACGUCCCGCUCUGAUCCAUACAUCUACUCGACUCCGACGCAUCGGGCGCGAAGGAAUUCACAUGUGUUCGAUUCCGGUGCAUCUUAUGCCACGUUGCCACCUUCGUCCCCGAUCUCCGAAACAUCGUCUUCUCCGGUCCGACGACAGGGAUCAUUGGUUGCUCGCAGCCGCUCUCGAGGUCGGCGGGUGAGUUUUGCGCUCAAAACUAGGUACGGGGAGACCUAUGUCCGCGCUCAAUCUGAGCCUGAAUCUGAAACGGACGAGACGGAACCUGCGCUCGAUUCAUCCCCAUCUCGUCGAGCAUCCCGCUCUAGACUGGGAGGACGAGCUCACACACCCGGGCCAUCAAAACAGCGAUGAUCUGCAUAGAGUUGUUUUGUUCUGCUGUACUUGAUUGUUUCCAUAGGCCAAGUAAUUUGUAGGGCCCAAUCUGUUGACAUUCUAAGGGUGCUGCAAAUAUAUCACCACGAAAAGUAGCGAACAUGUCGCGCCAUCAGUGAUGCCCAAUCAGUGAUGUUCAUCCUUUUGUUCCACAUCCAACAAUGAGCGCCUCCGUGUUUGGGGACCAGCAGAGCACGAUGUAUUCUUCUUCCGAAUAUAUAAAAGGCUAUGUUCCGAGCGUAUUCGACAUUCUUCUUCUUCCCUCUCUUUUUAUCUUCUCAAGGCCGUGCCUUUUCACGCUCACUGGUGACCGAUGCGAUUCUACACAGUCUUCUCCCUCCUGGCCCUGUCCCGCGCCGCCGUCAUUCCUUUCCGCCACUCCGCCCGCCAAGGCGAUGCUAAACUCGUCGUUGCCCACCACAUGGUCGGGAACACCUUCCCCUACACCGUCCAAGACUGGACCGAUGACAUGAACCUCGCCCUCGCGUCCGGCCUUGAUGGCUUUGCGCUGAACGUCGGCCCUGAUGAUUUCCAAGUUACGCAGACCGCCAAUGCCGUCCAAGCCGCCGAGGCGCUGGGCAACUUCAAGCUAUUCUUCUCGCUCGAUAUGUCGUGCGUCCGAUCUGUUAUCUCUUCGGAUCACCCGUUUUGAGUAUAUGCCCCUGAUAGCGUGUUGCCCUGCGCGACUGUUGCGGACGGCGCAGCCCUCCGCAGCCGUGUGCUGGGACUUGCUGCGUCAGCGAGUCAGAUGCAGUUCCGCGGCCGCGCGCUCGUGUCCACCUUCGCCGGAGAAUCCUGCACGUUCGGGCAGGGCACCCCGGCCGAUGGGUGGAGGUCGCAGUUCGCGCAGAGCCCGGACCUUGCUGGCAAGAUCGUGAGUCGCGCUUUACCUCCUCCCCACCUGCUCCCCAGACUGACGAGUGCAGUUCUUCAUGCCGUCCUUCUUCAUCGACCCCGCCACGUUCGGGACUUUCAACGGUGUCAUGGAUGGUGGAUUCAACUUUAACUCUGGAUGGCCCAUCCAGGUGAACACUGGCUUUGCCGCGGGUGUGACAUCGGACCUCGCUGUGAGCGGGCCGGAGGGCACGAACGCGCUGAAUCAGUUUAUUGGAUCCAACGCCACGGAUAUCUCCUUCAAACAGGGUCUGGCUGCUGCAACCCCGGCUCCGGCAUACAUGGCCGCUGCUGCUCCCUGGUUCUUCACGCACUUUAGCCCGCAAACGUUCAACAAGAACUUUGUAUUCCUCGCUGACCAGCACCUGUAUGCAAGACGCUGGGAGACCUUGAUCGCUGAGCGUGACCAGGUCGACUUGGUUGAGGUUGUUACGUGGAAUGAUUACGGAGAGUCUCACUACAUUGGCCCCGUGAAGGGCGCUCUGCCCACUGGCAGUGAAGUCUGGGUCAACAACUUCCCUCACGAUCCUCUUUUGAAGAUUACGCAAUAUUACGCAACCCAGUUCAAGACUGGCACGGCCCCAACGAUCGAUAAGGAUGAAAUUUUCAUGUGGUCGCGCCCUCAUCCGGCGCAGGCUCAGGCCCCCGAUCCAGUCGGGCCGCCGACGACCUUCCAACUGACCCAGGACAAUGUGUGGGCGCUUGUGAUGGCCACUGCGCCCGGGACUGUGACCUUGACGACUUCGCCGACGAACUCGCAGACGUUCCCGGUUGUUGCCGGUGUCAACAAGCUGUCUAUCCCCAUCACACCUGGUGGUACACUGUCGGGUACAGUGGACCGGAACGGACAGACUGCUGUGGCGCUGAAUGUGGCGCCGAGCACCUUCACAUUCGACGGUGCCCCCCAGACAUUCAACUACAACAUCUUUGUCGCCAGCGCCAGUGCAUAAGCCAUCUCGUGCUGUUAUAUAUUGAUAUUUAUUCUGUAACCUGUACUUGACUCGUGUACUUGUUGUACUGGAAUACGAGCGUGAUUCGAGAAGCAAUUCGGGUGUGUGUGUGUUUUACGAGGUUUUCAUUCCGAGCACCUUGCCGCCUGCGAUCUCGGACUUGUCGAAGAUGCUCUGCGCCUCUGCUGCGGCUUUCCUGCCACUCUCGAUCAUUCCACCGAAUGUGGGGCCCAUGCGAUUCGAGCCGUCGUGUUCUGCCAGCUCCAUGCCAGCCAUGAUCAAGCCUGGGAUCACUUGCCGAGUUCCGCUGCCAUCUUCGUGAGUACCUUCCACAGAGAAUUCCACGACGCGCCUACUUGACUAUGGCCGGUUCCGACUCGUUCAUGUUAAGCUAAGACACGAGUCAAUCAACCUCGCUGCGAGAAGAAGACGGCGAAAAGUCACCCCGCGCAUAUUGCCGAGCUCUUUGUUGAGACCCAUGCUCACGAGCCGUUUCGCCGAAAACGCGCCCAUCGGCCCGUCGUGGCCCGUAGUACUGACCACAACUGGCGCAGUGAUCGUGGCCGGGUCCAUGCAUGAUUGAGUAUCGUGGUUGAGGGCAACUGGACGCAAAAGAUGAAACCAGCCGUAGCCCAGAAAUAUAGCGACCGGGACCCACCUAGUGUCCAGUUGGUUACGACACCGGUCACUCGCGCAUGGCCUUCGAAGUCCGUGCUGGUCAUCAGAUCCUCGACGGCCGUGGCGUUGAAAAGAACGACGUUGGGGAGCGCGAGGACUUUGGAGAGCAGCGUCGCCGUGAACAGCGCGGCGUGCUUCACCACGACGAACGACCCUUCAUCCUCGAACGGGACUCCGAUCUCCCGCAGGAAGCUGUCCGCCGGCUUUCGGAUGACCUGGAGGAGAAGAUGUUUGUCUCAUUGCGUGCAGGGCCGCGUUAUUGCCCAGGUCUCUCACCAUGGCGCUCAUCAACUGCCCGCCAAGCCAGGCUCCACCCCCAGGUGCGACAUUGGCUUCGAUGCUAUAUCAGACAGUCAGAACGCUCCAACCUCGGAAAAACGACCGACAUGGUGAUUUUAAGGUCAGGGCGCUGAGUGCCGAGAGUGUAUGCGCAGGACAGUCCUGCACUGCCAGCCCCAACGAUCACGACGUCAGAAACAGCUCUGUCGUACAUGCUGUCGAAGUAGCUGCAAGCGAAAUGUCGGGGUCAGCGGAGGAUAGAACACACAGACUUUGGACCGCACCGCUUGAUCAUUGCUCGGGACACUUGCGCCUCCUCGAUGGGUGCGAACUGGAACGAGACAUCUGGGGCACCGCCCUUGCCACUGACGCUGUUGCCGACAAGACGGAAAAUGGAUGAGUGGGUUUCGGUUGUUGCAGUUGAAGACAUCUUUGAGGACACUGGCCCAUCAAGCCUGAGCCAUUUAUACGCUCUCAGUCCUUCUCAGGGAGUGCGAGGACCAGAAUUAGAACCAGCCGGUCGGUAAAGUUCCGGACGAAUAUUACAGCUCCCUUGACGCGUCUCGCUUUGACUUCAUUGGUGACGAGGUGGGGACUGAAGAAGUUGGGAGUCGACAGAACGUUCGAAGAGGAUCAAUCCUUAAUAGACCAAGCCGCAGAAGUAGCACUAUUCUUGAGGUCAACAGACUUGAAAUCAGCGUGCUUGCAGGUAGGAAUGUCAACGGCAGCACCAGCCUCAAGGCCACAGUCAGACAGAGACUCGAAGGAGAGGCCGCGGCCGUCGCGCGGCCGAUCAAGUUGUGUUUCAUUACGUACCAACAUAAGCAGCGCCAUCAAAAUAAGAUAAAGCGGAUCACCUGGGCGCUUGCUUAUUAUUCGACUAAGCUUGACGCAAACAACCACGCCAGCAGGACGACGGCUCAUUAUCCACCUGCCACGCCCAUCGAUCACGCAGAAUGCAGUCCCAGAACUUCAUGAUUGUCGACGAUCCGCUGUCCCUAGACCGGAUCCGAGGCGUUCUGACGCGUCUCGAAGACACUAUCAUAUUCUCUCUCAUUGAGCGAGCGCAGUUCGCCCAGAAUCCCCGCAUUUAUCUCCGCGGCGCGUUCCCUGAACUGGCCGCCGACGGAUUUGCGGGCAGUUGGCUUGAAUGGUUCCUCAAGGAGACGGAGAGUUUCCACGCCAAAGCAAGACGGUACACUAGUCCGGACGAGUACCCUUUUACUCCAUCGUCCGAGCUCCCGCACCCGGUGCUCCCUCCGCUCAAGUUCCCGGAAAUCCUCUACCCCAACAGCGUCAACGCCAACGCGUCCAUCCUCGCCUUCUACACGCGGACCAUCGUGCCGCGCAUCACACGCCGCGCCACAGCGGCCCUGGCCGCCGGGAAGCGCGCGCGCGGCAUCACCGGUGACGAGGAGUUCGAGGAGGACGGCAACUAUGGCAGUGCUGCGACGAUUGACGUCGAGGCGCUGCAGUCGAUCAGCAAGCGCGUGCACUAUGGUAAAUUCGUGUCUGAAUCCAAGUUUCAAGAAGACCCAGCGGCCUUCAUACCCCACAUCCAAACUCGCAACACUGCAGCGCUGGAAGCGUUGAUAACCAAGCCGGAGGUCGAACGCAAGCUGUUGCUGCGCCUGAAGAAGAAAGCGGAGACUUAUGCGCUGGAUUUCGCCCCCGACGGGGAGUUCAAACGAGAUGCGGAGGGGAACAUUGACGUGUCUACUAAAAUUGACGUCGACGGUGUCGUCGACUUGUACAAAAGCUUCAUCAUUCCUCUAACCAAGGAAGUGGAGGUGGAUUAUCUCUUGUGCCGACUGGAUGAGCUUUCGGAGGACGCUAUCGAGAAAUUGAAGCAAAAGAACGUGGUGACAUAGCAGAUUAACUGAGCAACCAGAAAGAGAAUAAAGAUAGGGGUAUCCAGGACCUGAUAAUCCAGUCGACUAAUCCAUCAGAUGGUAAUUUCCUACAGCGAUAGAUGAGCAUCGAGAUUGUUUUACAAUCCAAG